AUGGCAGCACACCAAAAUGGCAGCAUCUCCACUGAGUUUUCAGACUUCCUCCUGAACUGUUUUGUCAGGUCCCCCAGCUGGCAGCACUGGCUGUCCCUGCCCCUUAGCUUCCUCUUGCUCCUGGCCCUUGGUGCCAACAUCACCCUCCUGAUCACCAUCUGGCUGGAGGCCUCUCUGCAUGAGCCCAUGUACUACCUGCUCAGCCUGCUCUCCUCACUGGACACAGUGGUCUGUCUCACUGUCAUCCCCAAGGUCCUGGCCAUCUUUUGGUUUGACCUCAGGUCCAUCGGCUUCUUUGCCUGCUUCUUUCAGAUGUUCAUCAUGAAUAGUUUCUUUGCCAUGGAGUCCUGCACAUUCAUGGUCAUGGCCUAUGACCGCUAUGUGGCCAUCUGCCAUCCAUUGAGGUACCCAUCCAUCAUCACUGACCAAUUUAUAACCAAGGCAGCCAUUUUCAUUUUGUCCAGAAGUGUCUUUUUGACACUGCCCAUCCCCAUUCUCUCAGGACGUCUGCAUUACUGUGGGAGAAACAUCAUUGAGAACUGCAUCUGUGCCAAUAUGUCUGUCUCCAGGCUCUCCUGUAAUGAUAUUACCAUCAAUCGUCUCUACCAAUUUGCUGGAGGCUGGACUCUGCUGGGAUCUGACCUCAUCCUCAUCUUCCUCUCCUACACCUUCAUACUGAGGGCUGUGCUGAGACUCAAGGCACAGGGAGCUGUGGCCAAGGCCCUAAGCACAUGUGGCUCCCACUUCAUCCUGAUCCUCUUCUUCAGCACCAUCCUUCUGGUUUUUGUCUUCACACUUGUGGUAGAAAAGAAAAUGUCCUCUGAUGUGCCUGUCUUGCUCAAUGUCCUCCACCAUGUCAUCCCUGCAGCCCUCAACCCCAUUGUCUAUGGGGUGCGAACCCAGGAGAUCAAGCAAGGAAUCCAGAGGUUACUGAAGAAAGGAUUGUGA